AUGACCCGUUGUAAACACACUGGCUGGCUGCGCGUGGCCACCAAAGACCAGGCGUACGUCGUCGAAGGCUCGGAUCGUGCCCAGAGUCUGCUGGACAGUCUGCCACGCCCGGAUAGCCAGUACCCGAGUAUCCUCGUGCUGAUUGGAAACGCGGCCAAGCGGGUUGCCCUGCAAAGACUCGGUGUGGACAUCACCAGGCCCAACACGACCCGAGGCCACGGCGAGAUCCACCUUAACAAGGCUCCUGUCGGCGCGUCCGGCGCAAGGCCGACGCUGAUUGCCGAUGCCGACGUUCCGCCCCAUAAGCGGCUCGGGAGGCCGAGGAAAUCCACGCUCUGCCAUGAAGUCGUAGCAAGGCCACUGUCGAUCUCUCACGGUGGAAACACCACGUCCACCAUGCCGUCCACAGCAUCGUCCGCGACGAUGUCCGCGAUGCCGCUCACGACGGUAGAGGCUGGCGAUCAUGUCUACAAUCGCAUGCUUCUCCCGUUUGCUGAUGCUGUGUGUUUCUUUGCCGACGAUAUUGGCGGCGUAGAGGUCGUUGCCCAACGUCUUGCGUCGUGGCUGGACCUGAGUACGCCGUCCACAUCGUCGGUGCGGCCCUGGUUAGUGGUCGUCGUGAACGGCGACGAGGAGGAUUCCGCACGAAGUCGCCUGCUACAGUCAAUCCGCCAGAGGACAAACGCCCACGUGUCCGAACGAUUCCACGGCGUCCGCGUCAUCAGCCUGGCCGACAAGACACCUAAGUCUCUCCGACGCCGCCUCGAUUCCCUGCCAAUGGCUGUCCCACAUGACGGAGACGAAACGGGUCGAGCGCGUGCUCGCCAGCUGCUCUUCUCGGCCACCCACCUCGCCGGCCUUCUCCGCCACGCCACAGAGCACGCCGGCGGUGCCGGCGCGCCGCCCCUCGACUUCCUCGCCGUCUCCCGGCUCGAUAACCCGGUGGCGGCCGAUCUGCCGGCGCACCUCGCAGGGUUCCUCACGCACUGCGACUCCGUCGACGACCUGAAGAGAUUCGCCGUGCCUGUCAUCGCCUCCAGCUUCAUACUGGACCAGUACCCUCCGGACAUGCACCUCUUCGAUCCGCGCGACGUCUUCCAGAUGUUCUACAAGGACGUGUGCCACAACGUGUGCGGCACCGCCGUCCUCGCGCACGAAGGGUCCACCGACUUCCUCCUGCCGUCUCAGUUCGCCAAGAUGGUCGAGGGGCAGAUGGCCCGUAUGUUCCGGCAGCUGACGACGGGCCAAGCCUCAGCGUCGCUGCAUCGACAGCUUGUCGCCGCCUUCGCGGAGGACUGGGUGCAGCUUCGGUCCAACAGCACAUGCUACCUUUGUCUGCGGCGCGCUCCGCAGGUCUUCCCCGCGUGCGGCCACGGUCACUGUCUGAACUGUGUCGAGGUAUUUGGCGUCGCAAGUGCGGCCGACCCGUGGCUCAUCGAAGUGGCCGAGUGUAUCCUCUGCGGACAAAACAUUGACAUGCAGAUACGUGAAGCCGGACACCGCGUGUUGAAGCAGCUCGAAGACGACAUCGGGCCGCCCGGCCAUCCGGUACAGCAGAACUUUGACGUCGUCUUCGGACGAGCUCAGGUAUGUGCCAUCAGCGCUGGCGCCCUCUGCAUCAACGGGUGGACGGUGGAUGAGUGCAUCGCCCGCUUCGAGUCCCUUUCGAACCACGCGUUCACGCCUCGCCGGGUCCCGUCUGUUCCCAUCAUAGGCCCUCUCAUACGACUGAUGAUGCGGAUCCCCUUUUUUGCCACAGUCGUGCGUGCCGCAGCCUUGCUUCUAUUCGACAGCAGGUACCCGUCGCAGCACAUCGAGAAGGCUCUGCGAGACAUGUUCGGCUCCGGCAGAAGCAUCGCCGACUACUCGGCGGCCGACACGAUGGGUGCCAUGGUUGGCAUGACGGUUGCUACCGUGCAAGACGCAAGCGCCUGCAUCUUCACCAGCUACAACGGAGUGGGCCAGCGGGCCGGCGAUCGCGGCAACCGCCGAUGGGGCCGCGUGGCUUUGUGGGAGAUUGUCCGAUGUGCAACCGCUGCUCCGUACCGGGUGCUGCGAAACGCCGCUAACAAUGCCAUAGCUAUUUCGCCUUGGUCUGAAGGCCUCGGCACCUUCCAGGACGGCGGCUUAGUGGCCAACAACCCGUCCUCGAUCGCGCUGCAAGAGAACGACUGGCAGCGGGUCGUCGCACAGAAGAAGGUGGGUCGAUCCGGUGAGUUCUUCCGCUUCGAUGUCGAGUUCGACGGCUCCGAGCCACCUUUGGACAGCCUGUCCAGCUUCGACGACGAAGAAGAUGAUGGGUGCACCUUUGAAGGCCUCCCCGCCCUGAGACGUCUGAGAUUGUGCGCGAGGGCAGAGCUGUUCAUCUUUGAGCUGCGUGCUUCACGGCCGUACCUGUUCUCCGAUGGGGGGUACGACUGCCGCGGACAGAUUUGUUGCCGGCUGCGCCUAGCUUGUGAUUUUGCGUCAUACCCGGCGGCCUUCCCGGAUGGUCAAUUCCGUCUGGACGUGAAGUUUCGCGUGGUCAGUCUGCAGGAGUCGCUCGCCGUUUGCCUAUGGGAGACCGCCGAUGAGGGUCGCGGCAUCAGCGGCUCGCCGUUUACCGUGCAGCAGCUGGUGCGGAGCCAAAAGCUCGAGCAGUGCUUCGGCACCUCUGAUCAUCGUAAGAAACGGCGACGGGACGAUGACGACGACGAGGACAAGGGCGCAAGCCGUAAGCAGCCGAGAUUCAAGCGGUAG